CCUGAGGGCUGGUGAGAUGGUUCUCGGGUUGGGAUGUUGCCCACGUCUGGGGCGACCAACACCAAAAGAAAAGCUUGUUCUGUCUAAGUAGAAUUGGACGCACCGAGGAGAUUGAUAUGAUCGACGGCAUCGAUGGCCGCGCCUGAGAGAAUAUGUGAUUUGCGCUAGACUAUGGAUGCAUACGCUAAAGCAAAGGAAAUACAAUGUGAGCACCCCAGUGAUAUUUUGGUGCAAGCUUCAUUUUGCGACUCCUGUCUCCUGCCUCCUCCCAGCCAUCGGUGACUUGCCAGCGACCACAACCCCCAAGCUGCAAGUGCUGUUUCCCACUGACAACCCCACGAAGAGCAUUGCCUGUGCUUGCUCCCCAAAGAACCGAGCACAGAAUGGGACAUUUUACAUGAAGCGCAGACACUGCCCUCGAUAUUUGCGCAUGUUCAUGGACGAUCUCUGAACGAGAAGUUCAACACCACAUCACCGUCCAAAAUCCACUAGAAGAUGCAAGUAAUCACAUGUGUCGCUGCUCACAGAGCAUAUGGGUUG